AUGAUUAGGUGGCACGGUUUCUCUGAAGCCGAAGAAGCAGAAGCCCAGCAAAGAAAGAUUCUGGUGAGGGAGGAUAGUAUGAGUAUGAUGCAGAUGCAGAUUGAGAGGGUGCCAGAGACGAAAUUCUACAACCAGGUCAGACUUGCUUUGACUAACGGUUGGGGAAUGGUGAGUGACGAGCUGAACAAGGCGUUCCCGACCAUCAAGCCUACGAGCCUGGAGAAGUUUGUGCUGAAGUGGUGGGAUGGUGUUGAGCUGGAAGAAGCAAAUUGGAAUAGCGAGAACAAGACUUUUGCAUUUGAUUGGUGGUUGAAUGGUCGAGAUGUUCGAUCUCCUCCAAACGAAGUGAAACAAACAUCUUGGCAACUUUCGUGUUCGCUGCUUUCAUUUGAGAAAUGUAAGCAUGGCGCAGAUCAAGCCAUGCGCAACCGUGAGGCAGUGGAGGCAGUUUUCGAGCCAAAGUACCUGAUUAGUCAUGAUUCUCCUGGUUUGAAAGAGACAAGGAAGUCGCAACUCUGGACUUCACUUGCAGCAAAGACACUGGAGACUUGGCACGAAUAG